UUCAGCCUGUUCAGGAUGUUAUUAGGGAGCUGUGAACUGCACGAUGCUCCUCCCGGCAGGGGACCCCGAGCGCGGUGCUGCUGGGGCUCAAUUGCUGCUGGUCUCCCGCAGUCUGGCCAGGGAAGCGUCGCACCAAACGAUCGCUGGAGAGCCGGCAAUGCAGAAUUGAACAAUUUCUUUCAUCUUGGGCAAUUCACACUAUUGUUGCGCUCAAAAGUGUCGUGUAAUGACUAUGAACUCCUAAGGAAAACAAAGUGUGCUUUUGAAAAAGCAGACAGCAACCAGCGGGUGGGCGUUGUGAGGAGCGGCUCCCAGCUGCAGGUCCCGGUGCGAUGGAGGGGCCAGGCGACUGCGGCCGCCGUGACGGAGAGCACCAAACCCGAAAUCCAGCCCGACGUGCGGAAACCUAAAACAGGAAUCUUGAUGUUAAACAUGGGAGGUCCGGAACGGCUGGAUGACGUGCAUGAUUUCUUGCUUCGUCUCUUCCUGGACAGAGAUCUAAUGACGCUUCCAGCUCAAAAUAAAUUAGCACCGUUCAUUGCCAAACGCCGCACACCGAAGAUCCAGGAGCAGUACAGCAGGAUCGGAGGCGGGUCGCCCAUCAAGAAGUGGACGGCGCUGCAGGGGGAGGGCAUGGUGAAGCUGCUGGACAGCAUGUCUCCUCGCACCGCGCCUCACAAGUACUACAUUGGCUUCCGCUACGUGCACCCGCUGACCGAGGAGGCGAUCGAGGAGAUGGAGCGGGACGGCGUGGAGAGAGCCGUCGCCUUCACGCAGUACCCGCAGUACAGCUGCUCCACCACCGGAAGCAGUUUAAAUGCCAUUUAUCGCCACUAUCAUAAAAAGGGGGAGAAGCCGAAGAUGAAGUGGAGUAUCAUCGACCGAUGGCCCACACAUCCCCUGCUCAUUCAGUGCUUCACUGAUCACAUACAGAAGGAGCUGAACAUGUUUCCACCUGACAAAAGGAAAGACGUCGUCAUCCUCUUCUCGGCUCACUCGCUGCCCAUGUCUGUGGUGAACCGUGGCGAUCCGUACCCUCAAGAAGUGGGAGCCACCGUGCAGAGGGUCAUGGAGAAGCUGAACUACUCCAACCCGUACCGGCUGGUGUGGCAGUCCAAGGUUGGACCGAUGCCUUGGCUUGGGCCGCAGACCGAUGAGACCAUUAAAGGGCUGUGCCAGAGGGGAAAGAAGAACAUGCUGCUGGUCCCAAUCGCCUUCACCAGCGACCACAUCGAAACGCUGUAUGAGCUGGAUAUCGAGUAUGCCCAAGUUUUAGCAAAUGAGUGCGGAGUUGAAAAUAUCAGAAGAGCGGAGUCUCUCAAUGGAAAUCCACUGUUCUCCAAGGCUCUGGCAGACCUGGUGUGCUCGCACCUGCAGUCCAACGAGGUCUGCUCCCGGCAGCUGACGCUGUGCUGCCCGCUCUGCGUCAACCCCGUCUGCAGGGAGGCCAAGGCCUUCUUCACCAGCCAGCAGCCGUGACGGGACGGCCCCGGGACAAGCCGCGCGACCAGGCCCUCCCGUCACUGCGGGCGGCGGUCUGUGACGUAACCUCGUGGGACAAUGGGGACAACUUGAGUUUUUUGUUUGUUUGGUUUUUUCCUUAGGUUUUCUUUGUUUGAGAAGAAUUUGUAGACAGUAGGGAAUAAGGGCGUUUAUCCUGCGAGAGGUGAAGAGAUCUUGUUCUGUCUGAUUCUGAUUGGACUUAGCGUGAGCCCAUAAGUAUGCACUGAAAAACUUAAAAAACCCCUUUUCUACCACUUAGCUUCUGUUUCCUCUGCAGGGAUUUGCUUGUAUGCAGUUUUGUCAUGAGUGUAUUCAUUUCAGCUUUGCAGGUCAAGCGUACAGUUAUUUGGUUUGGUUUUGCUUAAGGUACAGUAUAACCAGUGUAGUCACUGAUUGUCUCUUCCAAGAGUGGUUUUCCAGGCGGUUUGAGGAUCAAGUGACUUCUAGUGCUUUUUAAGUAAUGCACAUAUAUUUUUAGAACAUAAAGAUAAGGCUUUGGUUUGGUUUUUGACUUCUGGUGGAAGCUUAGCUGGGAUGGUAGAACGCACAACAUUUGUUUACAUUGCUAGAGAAAGCGCGCUCAUUCUCUGCAGGAUAGCCAUGAAAGGAAAGGAUGAGCCUGCUUGGGCGAUGUGAAGAACAUGCUCACAUUGUCUGUGGUUCCAGGCUGGCUGCCAUCAGCGCUGUGCAUUGAAACAUGUUGCUCUAUCUUCUAAGCAAAAUGGCUUUUUAAAAUUAUUCUUUAAAAGGGCUUUCUCUGUUGGGUAAAUAAGUGUAGGCAGCGAGCUUGCUCUCAGGAGGGUGAUAGCUCUGCUCUGCGCUUCCUGUUGCAGCCCAGUGGGUCUUGUGGGUACCCGUAGGGUUCAGAGGCACAACUGCCGAGCUCAGCUGCUGUUGUGGCUGCAGACGGAGCUGGUGAUGGGUCAGGACGGACGGACACGGCGCUGACACCGCGCUUACCUUUGUCAACAGCUGAACUUUGUUACGUUUGGGCAGCGAUGGAGCCGGGAGGAUGGGCUCCCAACCCAGUGGAACUUUGUGCUUGUUUUGGCAGGUGUCUGGGUGCCUCAGCUCUGCUGGAUCCCCUGCUGAGUUCUGUAGUUUGAACACCCUUUUUGGGGCAGGAUUUCCUCCCUGUGAGCACCAGGAUGGUGUUGGGGUUUUCCUGGGACAGGAGGGGUUUUCUGUAGGCUGGUCACCGCCCCUCGUGUGGCAUUGGGGACUUCAGGGCAGCAGAACCGCAGCACCUCAGUGUGGUCCUGGGGCCAGAGCAAAGCUGGCACUGUCCAUGGGACGGAGCCGUCCUGGGGUGCUCUGCCUGUCGGCUUCCUGGAGAGAUGUUUACUUGACGUAAUUAGCACUGAAACGCCGGUACUUUGGCAAUGCACGUUGUUUUCUGUAAACUGAUGAUUCGGCCAAUGGUGAUGCUCGAGGAGCAGAUGCCGUGCUGCUCAGACAGUUCUGUUUGCUUGUGGAAUCGUGAGGCAUGAACACUUUUAACCUCUGAUCUUUCAAGGAAGGGGUUGUUAAAAAAACCAGGCCUUUGUUGCUAUAACAGGGGUUUAUCUUGUUCUGCUUUUUGUUAGAAGAAUUAAACACGGGGCAGUAAGGCAAUGAGCAGCCCAUGUGCCGAGUCCUGCCAUGGAGCAACGUGGUCCUGCUUGCAGCCUCGCCAGGGCCCGCGGGCUCCCGCGUCUCCACUGCCAUCCCCAGCUUCCCGGUGCGAUUGUAGCACAACAGACUGAGCUCGCUCCAGCGCCGGAACCCCGUGUCCCGCCGCCCCGCGCUGCUCGGCGGAACCAAGUCUUCCUCGGCCCUCGGUGCCCGUGCCGCCCGGAGCCCGUUCUCCUCGCUCUGCGCUCGCUGCCUCGGCAGGACGGGGACCCAGCGCCGGUCCCUGCCCUCGCUCAGACGGGGCGGUGGGCGUAUCGCUUGGGUACGGAAGGGUGACAUUUCCGUGGAAAAGCUUUGAAUCAAUGUCAAAAGAAUAAUAGCGUCUGCCGUAUAGCUGGGAAGGGAACGCUGGCCUUACGUCUCCUGUUGGACAAAGAACUUUCUCUGUUGCCGUUUCGCUGCUGACACGGGUGGGUCGGCGGGAAGCAGUCUGGUUUGUAAGAGCUUCCUACUUCACCUCUUUCCUACCAGCCCAAGGGCGCGUUGACCUUCCAGUCCAGGUUGUGGCCACCACGUUUACAAGUGGGGCUGAAGCUGGGGAGCUUAACUUCAUGUGAACACUGCGAUACUGUAAAUACCGAUGGGCUUUUUGUUUUGGUACUGGAGAGAGCGCUGCAAGUAUAGCCAGCACUGAUCGUGAGGCGUUAUGUUUGUCCAGUAAUAACAGGUACUUAAAAUCCACUUUUUAGUAUGGUAACCACAAGUGAGAUAAUUAUUACCUGUUGCUGCUGUUAGACCAUUAUGUAGAAAUCACUUCAUUUUCUAGCUUUUAGCAGAUGGAUCUCAUCUCGUGGAGUUGGCGGGUUCUUCAUUUCACUGAACGGAUCAUGGAAAAUCACUCUGUCCUGCUGUUGAGCACACGUUGUUUUGUCUUGGUGCAGCAUCAAAAGCCUGUUGAAAAACUGCCUGAGCAAGGUAGCUGGCAGCUCUGCUUCAUGUUUGUAACAGAAAUCAGGAUAACAGUGAGACUAGCAACAGUGGGGAUCCUGCUGCCAUUGGAGUCUUCUCAUCCUGGGCUUUCUGUUUGGGAGUAUUUCUGACUAUGCUGCCGAGCAGUGGAAUUCAUCUGGCCUUAUUUUAGAUGCUUCCGAUCUCCGAGCUGGUCUCCUAGGUCCCAUUUGCAGUCAAGGGAUUAUUUUAAUCGGUGAGUGUGAGGAAGGAUCCGUGUCCUCUCGCAGCCGCUGUCCCCGAGGCGCGGGUGGGCUCCGCAGUGCGCUGGCUCCGCGGCGGCAGCUGCCCAGUGCCGCCGUUCACGUGCCUUUGUCCCCGCGCUGGGGAUGUGUUGGGAGAUCGUGGUCCCGGCCCCGUUGCGUGUGGCCCGUGUGCCGCGUUUGGUGCUACCGCUGGGCCGGCCGCGGGCCGAGCAGGGCUGGGCGCCGGGGUGUCGGCAGCGGGACACGCUCGUCCUCCGACAGUCAUCUCCUUGAUUGCUUUCGUUAUUAAUUGCACUCCUUUUGUGGUACUUUGUGUCAUUUGCGAGUGUUCAUCGUUUACAGACGCCCCGACAGAACAGCCACGGGCAGCUGGGAGCCCCGGUGCCCCGAGGAGAGGGCUGGCGAGGAACGGCUUUGCAGCUGGGGUGACGUGCAGCGUUUGCUCACCGGUGCUCCGAGGAGAGGGCUGGCGAGGAACGGCUUUGCAGCUGGGGUGACGUGCAGCGUUCGCUCACCGUCAGGCUGUUCUCCUGACUCCAGUCCCACAUCAGUGGCUGCGUUUGAGAAACACGAUCCCUUCCCAAAGCGGAGCUGUGGGGGUGCCCGUGCUGAGCUGCUCCCCUGGAGCCGAGGCUCUCCCAGCGGGGUUCCGCGGGGCUGCGCUGCUUCUGGGAAUAGCAAGAAGCUCACCUUAUUUUCCCUUUCUGUCACACACGGAGAGCUGGAAAUCAGCAUGAAGUGUCGGCUGCAAGAGAGAGGAAAGUUCCUUUGAUUUUGAAUGCCAGAUGUGUACAAAUACUCAUGUUUAGCCCAACAUAUGCAUUUCAGAUUGAACAAGGACUUCCACUUAAUGUAACGCAAACAAUUUGUAUAAUCUUACUGUGUAGCAUUUGCCAUAAAGACAGAAUUUCAAUUAAAUUUUUUUUAAAGAAAUAA